AUGGCGGCGAUGUUGAAGGAUAAAGUACAAGCCACAUUUGAAGACAAAUGGCCAUAUAUGCGACCGAUUAUAUUGAAAUUACUUAAGCAAGAACCAGUAACGCAAGGAGAAUGGCAGGAUUUAUUUUAUUCUGUUCAUGUAUGCUUAUGGGACGACAAAGGACCUCCCAAAUUACGUGACGCCCUAAAAGAUGAUAUAAUGGAUUUUAUACAACAAGCUCAACAGAGAGUUUUAGCGCAUCAAGAAGAACAAGCAUUAUUGAAAGCAUAUAUAGCCGAGUGGAGAAAGUUUUUUACGCAAUGUAACUAUUUACCGACACCAUUUAGGCAAUUAGAAGCGUAUCUUGCGGGGAAAACUAGUUCCAGCACACAAAAAAGGAAUCAACCUGAUGACAUAGUUAGGAAGCUAAUGUUGGAUAGUUGGAAUCAAAGUAUAUUCAAUGACAUAAAACAAAGACUUCAAGAUGCGGCCAUGAGAUUAGUACGAGCUGAAAGAAAUGGCGAAGCGUUUGAUUCUCAACUUGUUAUUGGUGUCAGAGAAUCUUAUGUAAACUUGUGUUCAAAUCCGACGGAUAAGCUUCAAAUAUAUAGGGAAAAUUUUGAGGCCGCAUACAUACAAGCUACUGAAGCAUUUUAUUGGGUAAAAGCACCAGAAUAUUUAUCUAUGCAUGGUGUAGAGAAUUAUAUGCGUUACGCCGAUUUGAAAUUGAGAGAAGAGGAAUUGCGUGCUCAAAAAUACUUGGAGCCGAAUACCGCGAGUAUGCAACGGUUAACGGAUUGUUGUGUAAAAGUGUUAGUCGCGACUUUUAAACCAGCCAUACUCGCAGAGUGCCCGCGAAUGAUACAACAUAAUCAAACUGACAAGCUUCGCCUUAUGCUGAAAUUAAUGGAUAGAGUGCCCGACGGCGUUAGUCCCAUGUUGAGAAAUUUAGAAGAACAUAUCGCGAGCGCGGGUCUUACGGACAUGAUGGCAGCCGUAGAUGUCAUUACUCAAGAUUCUGAAAAAUACGUGGAAAGACUGUUAGAUCUUUUCCAUAGAUUUUCCACGCUCGUUAAAGAAGCGUUCGAUGAUGAUCCACGGUUUCUUACAGCACGAGAUAAAGCUUAUAAGCUUGUUGUCAAUGACGCCACGGUAUUUAAAUUAGAAUUGCCUACUCGACAGGGUUCUGGAAUCGGAGGUGCAUCUGUAUUAAAUAAUAGACCUAUUACUAACAACAACGGAUUAGCUGAAUCAAAGUGUCCGGAACUCCUCGCGAAUUUCUGUGAUAUGCUUCUUAGAAAAACGCCUCUUAGUAAGAAACUGACCACCGAUGAAAUUGAAAGUAAAUUGAAGGAUGUGCUAUUAGUUUUAAAAUACGUUCAAAACAAGGAUGUGUUUAUGCGUUAUCAUAAAGCGCAUUUAACUAGACGAUUAAUAUUAGAUACGACCACGGACUCGGAAAAAGAAGAAAAUAUGGUAGAUAUGCUUCGCGAAGUCGGUAUGCCCGCGGACUUUGUUAAUAAGUUAGCUCGUAUGUUCCAAGAUAUUAAAGUAUCACAGGAUCUGAAUCAACAAUUUAAGGAACAAUGUCGAGCUACCAUUGCAGAUAGUAUAAAUAUUAAGAUUCUCAAUGCAGGUGCAUGGGCUAGAGGUAGUGAGCGUGUCACUGUGAGUUUGCCGCUUCAAUUAGAAGAUUAUAUUCCAGAGGUAGAAGAAUUUUACAAAAAAAAGCAUAGUGGAAGGAAGUUGCAAUGGCAUCACCAUAUGUCAAACGGCACGAUAACGUUUGCAAAUAAAGUUGGACGUUUUGAUAUAGAUGUAACGACCUUUCAAAUGGCAGUGUUGUUUGCCUGGAAUCAACGACCCAACGAAAAGGUCACGUACGAGAAUCUCCGAUUGGCUACUGAGCUUCCAGAUCCCGAACUUAGACGGACUCUAUGGUCUUUGUGUGCCUUUCCGAAGUUAAAACGGCAACUUCUUUUGGUGGAACCGCAUGCCGCUACUCCGAAGGAUUUUGCGAACGAUACAAGAUUUUGGGUCAAUCAAGAAUUCGCUAUUGUAAAAAAUGGCAAGAUGCAGAAACGGGGAAAAAUAAACUUGAUAGGACGUCUCCAAUUAUCAACAGAACGUAGCAGGGAAGAGGACAACCAAUCUAUUGUACAACUCAGAAUAUUACGAGUACAGGAAGCUAUCAUCAAGAUUUUAAAAAUGCGCAAGAAGAUCACUAACGCGCAAUUACAGACCGAACUAGUGGAUAUAUUGAAAAAUAUGUUUUUACCGAGUAAGAAGAUGAUAAAGGAACAAAUUGAAUGGCUCAUUGAACACAAGUAUAUUCGUAGGCACGAUGAUGACAUUAAUACAUUUGUGUAUAUGGCAUAACACGGGAUUAUAUAUACAUACAAGAUUGUUCGCGAGCUAUGGUUAAUAUUAUAUUUUUAUAAAAAAAAUUUAGUUUUCUCAUAUGUGCGAGGAUAUACAUUCGAGUCCGUCAUGCGUGAUUAUGUUUUAUCUGUUUUCUUGUAACACAGUAUGAAAAGGAGGAAAGAGGGCGAUAUUUGACUAGAUCUUAAAAUAAGAUACCGAUAGGCAAGUUAUAUUGCCUGCAUUUGCCGAUUAUUAUACAUGAAUAAAGUGAAAUGUGUAGCAAAACUGAAAAAAUGUCGCAAUAAUAAUAAGAAAGAUGUACAAUAUUCGUAUCAUGAUAAAAUUAGCAUUUAUCGUUUAUUUUUUUGGACACUGAUCUGUAUUAAUAUAACUAGAAAAUAUUGAAUUAAAUUAAAAGGAAAGAGAAUUAUUGGUAACGCGCGCUAUCACUAUUCCUACUAUAUUUAUAUUUUAUUAAAAAAGUAUUCUUAAAAUAUCUUUAUAUCUUUUUUUUUAAUUUCUUUGUAAUGCUAAUUAAACUUGUUAAAAAAAAGAAUUUUUGCUAUAGUAUUAAUAUGGAACAAUUUAGCUAAAAACAUAAAUUAGACCCUUGCACAAAUCUGGACAGUGCACACAAAUAUAUAUAUUUUCAUUGCAUAAAAUUCAAUCAUAAAUGAUAAAAAUUCGCAUAUAUACUUGAAUAAAUAUAUACAUACUAUAAUGUUUUAUAUAUGGAUUUACUCAUCACUAAGUAUAUAUGGACUAUGAAAGAAUUGGUUCGGAAUAUUCUCUACGCAGCAUAACAUAUUUUUGAUUUAUUAUUUGAAUUUAUAAUAUGCGGACGGCGUUCAAAAAUAUUCAUAAUUCUCAUUUUCAGGAUAUACAUUAAAAGCCCGACGAAUAAUGUUAUCCAAUGGCCUACACAAUACUUUAAUGCAUAAGCACCGUACCUCGCAACACUAAAUUUUAUUUUUUUUUAGCGAUGAUAGAAAUAUAUGUAUUUAUAUGAUUUCUACAUCUGGAACGUAGAUGGUUCGAAUCGUCGAAAUAAUCGUCAGAAUAGUUACUUAAGCAAAUAAUAACGACGGUUAUAUGUAUAAAGCUUUUAUAUAACUUCAAUAAGAGUGAAAGACGAGUGUAAUGGUAUAAAAUCUCAAUGAAUUAAACGACAGAAUAU